AUGCCCCCUGCACUGGUCGUUCCGAUCCAUGCAUCCGCCGAUGGACUUCAGGUAGCCGUCCGAUCAACGUGGCGCGUGGCGCACGGCGAUUGGUCGUCCGUGUUCGACGUAUCAGAAACACAGAGCGAAGAUGUUAGACACGCGGAACGAGGCGACGGGGAGUGGAAUGGACAGGAAGGCGGAGGGGGCGGCGGAAUCUGCGGAACAGUGGAGUUAGAGCGAGAGGAAGGAUCGUCGGGCUGCGUCUUGACACUUCCCCCUCCCUCCCCUUCCCCCUGUCUCCCCCGCCUCCCCCCUCCCCCCAUCCUCUUACACCUUCCGCCAGUGCUCUUCCCCGCCCGCGCCGUCCGCCUGCACUCUCUCCACCUCAUCACCUCGGCGCGCUUUGCUGAGCUGUACGCAGCUCAUGCCACGUGGCAGGGCGGAACUGCGGCUGCAGCUGCUGGUGCUGCUGCUGCUGCUGCUGCUGAAGAGCCAACAGCAGCAGCAGCUGCUGCGCCGAACCUCCUGCCGGGCCUGUCUCCGAACCUGUUGUCAAUGCUGCCUCAAGAGGUGCUGGCUAAGCUGCCUCCGAACCUGCCUGCUGCUUUAGCAGGUGGCAUGGGUGGCAGUGUUGGUGGUAACAUGGGUGGUAACAUGGGUGGUCACAUGGGUGGUCACAUGGGUGGUCACAUGGGUGGCAACCUGGGUGGUAACCCGAGUGGUAACAUGUCAGCAUCGAUGCUCCCUCUCCUCCUUGCAUCCCUUGCGGCUCCCUCCAAAACCCUCCGCCCUCCCGCUUCAUCUGCUCCCUCCCUUCCCUCCCUUCCUCCCAACACCACCCCGCACACUCCCCUCACUCCUCCUCUCCUCACUCCUCUGUCCGCCCUUCCUCCUAACCCUCCUCCCUCCCAAGACCUCCUCGCUCACUCGCCCCUCCUCCUCUCUCUCAUGCAUCGAGUGGAGCGAUUGGAGAGGGUGUGUGCAAGGCUGGAGGCGCAGGUGACAGGUGGCAUGUCGCGAUUGGCCACACGGCUGGAUAAGGGGAUGGAAGAGACGCGGAAGGAGGGGGAGGAAGGCACAGGGAGGGAUGUAACGACCGAAGUGGUGACUGAUGCUGGUGGUGGCAGUGGUGGCAGUGGUGGUGGUGAUGAUGGUGGUGGUGGUGGUGAUGGUGGUGGUGGUGGUGAUGGUGGUGGUGGUGGUGAUGGUGGUGGUGGUGGUGAUGGUGGUGGUGGUGGUGGUGAUGGUGGUGGUGGUGGUGAUGGUGGUGGUGACGAGGAUUCUGCUGCUGCUGAGGCAGCAGCUGCAGAGGCAGUGAAGGCAAUGGAAGCAGCAGCAGCUGCUACUGCUGUUGCCGAAUCAGAAAGGCAUGUAGCAAAUGCGGAGGAAGCAGAAGCAGCAGCAGCAGCAGCAGCAGCAGAUGCCAAGGUAGUCAAAAAGCAAGGGGUGGAUGACUUCCUAAAAGAGAUACUUAGCCGAAUGGAGCGGCGGCGGCAAGCAGAAUCUCUUAAAGAACCAGGGGCUGCUGUGGUGCAAGGGGGGGAUGCUACCUUGAUGGAAAUUACGGAGAAACGUGGAGUGGGGUGGGAUGAGAGCAGCAGUGGGAGGGAGAAGGGGAGAAGUGCAACGGGGAAAAGUGGGAAUGCGAAGGAGGAUGGGGGGUUUGGAGGGGAAGAGGGGAAAGAGGCUUUUGGGGUCCCUCUAAGAAAUGGUGAGGCUGAGGACGAGGGCGAGGAGGAGGCUGAGGAAGUGGAGGAGGAAGACGGGGAAGCGGUGCCUGUGGUUCCUCUUAGGAAUGGUGAGGCUGAGGAGGGGGGGAAGGAGGCUGAGCAAGUGGAGGAGGAGAGGGAUGCGUUGGGAGCAGAGGAGGGGGGUGAGAAGAGCAGAGUGGGGAGUUGUGGGGAUUUGCAAAGCUCAUCUGAAGCAGAGAUGAGACAAGGAGGGGAGGCUGUGGAGGAAGCAGGUGGUGAGAUGGGGGGAGGUGGUGAGAUGGGGGGAGAAGUAAGGGUGGGGGAAGGUCACUCGAGCAAGUUGCACUGCAUUCUGGAAAAGCAGAUAGAGAGUGGUGGGGGGUUGGCGGAGAGUGGUGGAGAGGACGAGCAGCAGCAGCAGCAGCAGCGGCAGCAGCAGCAGCAGCAGCAGCAGCAGCAGCAGCAGCAGCAACAGCAGCAGCAGCAGCAGCAGCAGCAGCAGCAGCAGCAGCAGCAGCAGCAGCAGCAGCAGCAGCAGCAGCAGCAGCAGCAGCAGGAGAAGGAACACGAUCACGAGCACGAGCAGAAGCAGCAGCACGAUCAGCAGGAGCAGCAGGAGAAAAAGCAGGAGCAGAAGCAGGAGCAGGAGCAGGGGCAGGGGCAGGAGCACGAGCAAGAACACGAGCAAGAGCACGAGCGCGAGCAUGAGCGCGGGUACGAGCGCGCCUAUCAGCACGAGCGCGUCUACGAGCACGAGCACGAGUACGAGCAGGAUGAGGAGGAGGAGGAUGAGAAGGUGGAGGAGGAGGAGGAGGAGGAGGAGGAGGAGGAGGAGGAGGAGGAGGAGGAGGAGGAGGAGGAGGAGGAGGAGGAGGAGGAGGAGGAGGAGGAGGAGGAGGAGGAGGAGGAGGAGGAGCGGGAGCGGGAGCGGGAGCGGGAGCGGGAGCGGGAGCGGGAGCUCCAAGGGCAGCAGCGACGGCAGCAGCAGCAGCAGCAGCGGCGGCAAGGGCUGGGACAUGAUUAG